CACUUUACUCCACCACGGGCCUUCAAGUGCCUUUGCGCCACACAUAUUAAUCACACUUUAGGAUGGACGCGGAUUAUGUCGGACGAGCUGUUGAUGAGGAACUGGAAAAGAUGCAAGUAAAUGUCUCUGAUACGGACUCAGAAACGGGCACGGACACCGAGCAGGACACCACGGCGUCUGAUGCCAAGCUGAAGAACAGCUUUCCCGAGUCGGUGCUCACCUAUGUGGAAGCAUCAAACAGCCGACUGAAUACCUUCGAGCGGCUCAUCCUUGAGGAUCUAGACGAUGAAGGAACUGGGGCCACGUAUGCUGAGGUGCCGGGGCUGAAUCACUGGGGUGAUCUUCUGGAGGAACUUUUCUCACCUUCUGGAGAGGAUCCAGUCCAGCUGAAGGAAGCGAUCCUUUCUGAAAUUGAGAAACAGGUAGCAAGUCCAAGCGAAGUUGACCAGAGUUGCUAUGAAGAUUUUGCGGCUUCCUCACACACGGAUGAUGAUCAGACCGAAUUCGAUUCCUACAAAGAGUGUGAAAGGCGGUUCAUUUUUGAAUGGAAAGAACUGGAGGAGAGACUGAAGACAGAGGAGGAACAGAGGCUGGAACGGCUAGAGGCUGAGAGGGAGCGGGAGGAGGUGAAGAGGCGCAGGCAGCAGGAAUUAAGGAGGAAGGAGAAAGUCUGUUUGUUUGAAAAUGCUAAGGCUGUAGAAGGAGAGUGUGAUACAAGCAAUGAUCUUUCGCUCGAAGUGACCAAACAGCAGGAGCUGAUCAAGAGGCUGGAGGAGCAGCUGGAAGAGGAGAGGCAGGUGUUUGAGAAGGAGCAGCAGGAGGAGCGAAGGAGAACCAUGGAGCAGCACAGCAAAGCGGCAAUGAGGCUCCAGGCAGCUUUCAGAGGGAGCCUGGCCCGUCGCUGGUGCAGGGAGGAGAACAGGAGGAGACAGGAGGAGAGGGAGAGGAGGAGAGUGAGGGAGGAGAGGGAGAGGCGAAAGGAGGAGGAAAAGGAACAAGCAGGGAGGAUGGAGAAUGAGAGAAAAAUGAAGGAUGAGGAGAAGAAGAGGAGUGGAAUGAAAGAGAAGAUAGCAGGGGAGGAAAGGAGGGGAGUGCAGAAGGAGGUGAAGAAAAGAGAGGAGCAGAGGAGGCAGGAGGAGGAGAAAAAGAUGGAAGAAGAGCAAAUGAAAAGAGGGAAUGAGAGUGAACCAACGAGGGGAGUGGAACGAAAAACACAAGAGAAAAAGGAGAGCCAAGGACAUGAGGGAGAGGUGAAGAGGAGCAAUGAGGAGAAGCCAGAGCAGAAAUCUCAGCUGAAAAACAAGAGCCAGGAAACCAUGAUUCAUAGGAGUAGAGAGGAGAAAGGAGAGGGAGUCCAAAAGCCCGACAAGGACGACAGGAAGGAGGACACACUGGCGCGCGAGAGGACAGGACAGCUUGUCCCCCAGCCGGGUCUGCCCCACUCAGAGAAACGCCCCUUAACCACGCCGUGCCGCCCCAGCAGUGGACCUCCGGAGCGGCUGGAGCGCUACGUCAGCCCGGCGCUUCCCACCGCCUCCACCUGCGAUGUCGCCGCAGCCCAUUUAUGCGGGGCCGAAGAAGGGGAACUGGACAGUACGGGGCGGCGGUGUGCCACAGCGCAUCUGGCGGAGGGCCGUGACCUCAGCAUGCGGGAGUCCAGCUCCGUGGGUCUGCCUGAGAGCACGGAGCAGAAGCGGCUGGCCUGGAUGCUGAGCUGCGUUCCGUGGUCCAAACUGUCCAUGCAGAACAGGAGGAAGGAACCCCAGGGCCCCCCCAGGAGGAGGGCAGGCAGGAGGGCCUCGAGGCCCAGCCUACCGCCGGUACCCCUGGACACGGUGCUCCAGUCUGGGCCCUGGAGCUCUCUCAAACAGAUAACCACAGUGACACUGGAAGACCUGCCCGGCUGCAGCCUGUCCACGUUGUCUGCGUGCAGCAGGCUACGGUCCCUAACACUCCAACGGUGUGGGUUGCAGACGCUGGACGGGUUGGGCCAGUGCAGCGAUCUGAAGUACAUCGACGUACGGGAGAACGGCAUCACGUACGUGGACUGUGGGGGUCUGGCCCGGCUCCAGGUCCUCCUGCUGGACAGGAACCAGCUGGCGAGCGUUCACGGCAUGGACGGGGCCGCUAACCUGACUGUCCUGCAGCUGUCGUACAACGUCAUCUCGCGCGUUAGUGGUUUGGGAUCUCUGAAACAGCUUCAGCGACUGGCGGUCGAUCAUAACCAGCUGAUCAGCACGAGAGGACUUGGUGACGUGUUCACGCUGUUGCAUCUGGACUGUUCCUAUAACCACCUCAGCCACGUGGACGGUCUGGAGAACUGUGCCCUUCUCAACACACUGGACCUGAGAGGGAACAGUAUGACCGAGCUCCCACUGUUGAGUAACCAUGUGCUGCUGAGGGAGCUCUAUGUGGACGAGAACAGUGUGUCCUGCCUGCGGGGCCUCACCUCCAGCUGGCUGCCACUGCUGCGCUGCCUCUCCCUGGCCCACAACAGCAUCACACAGCUUCCGCCGCUAAUGGACUUGCUUUCACUGAGGACGCUGGACGUGAGUCACAACUGUCUCUCAGAGCUGAGGAGUGUCUGUGAGAGCCUUCAGGGGUGCUCUUCUCUCCAGGAGCUGGACCUAACUGACAACCCUGUGCAGCAGGAGACAACAUGGAGGUCUUCUGUUCUGGGGCUAAAAUCAAACCUGAUCAAGUUAAAUGGAGAACUGACCGGUGCCUCGGCAUCGCCCUCUGUAGGCUCAACACAGCUGUACAGCUUCCAGGCCCUCUGCCAGACACACCAAGACCAACUGGACUCAGUACUGCAGGAACAAAGCAUGGCCAUCAGCUCUGCUCCCUCUACGCUGGACGCCCAGCUCUUGGCCAGUGACCACAGCUCUGUGCUGUUCCGUCUGGCUGAGGAGCAGCGUUACGCUCACGAGUACGGUGACGUCAGCGUGCAUGAGCCCCCCGUGAACCAGCCUGGUGUCUGGCACCUGCAGGCCCAUCCAGCCACUGAGCAGAGCCAAACAGAACCACACACGCAAUGUCUAAUAGAACCGCACACCCAGAGCCUAACAGAACCGCACACCCAGAGCCUAACAGAACCGCACACCCAGAGCCUAACAAAACCACACACCCAGAGCCUAACAGAACCGCACACCCAGAGCAUAACAGAACCGCACACCCAGAGCCUAACAGAACCGCACACGCAAUGUCUAAUAGAACCGCACACCCAGAGCAUAACAGAACCGCACACCCAGAGCCUAACAGAACCGCACACGCAAUGUCUAAUAGAACCGCACACCCAGAGCCUAACAGAACCACACACGCAAGGUCUAACAGAACCACACACCCAGAGCCUAACAGAACCGCACACGCAAUGUCUAACAGAACCUCACACGCAAUGUCUAACAGAACUGCACACCCAGAGGCAGCUAGGAGCCCACCUGUCUGGGAGUGCCCUCAACAGCCCCCCUGCUUGUACUGGCAGCUGCAUGAACCCACGGCAGAAGAUCAGAGCAACACGGCCGUGUGAAGACGAUGGCAGCAGAUCUGCUGUCAAGGCACCCAGAAUACACCUCAGAACCAUGGCAGCCAUGGUGAUCCAGCGCUGGUGGCGCACAUGCAGAGAGAGGAGAUGUGGGGACUGCCCACGGCCACCUGCUAAGGCUCAUGGGAGACUGAGUCCCCCUGGGAUGUUGGACUCCUGCAAAAAAAGAACUGAGCCGCUUAACGAGCAUUACGCAGCCGCUACCAUUCAGGCUGUCUGGCGGGGCCGCUCACUGCGGAGGAGGCUGUCUCGGGCGCUCGCGCUCGCCCGUGCCGCGUCCCUCGACCAGGACGUUCUCGAGGAGGUGGACGUAGCCCAGUUCGUCUGUGCCGAGCCUUCUCUUCUGUCUGAGCUUCAUAAGAGUGCACCUGUAUUGCCAUGGAAAGCCAGGCAGGCCUGGACAGGGAGCGAGGGAAUGUCGCAGAAGAGUGAGUCAUCUGACCUCAACCACAGAAAUCUGUCUCCAACAUCGUCACCAAGACUUGCUGCCUUGUCAGAAAGGUCAGAGAUGAUCCUUGAGGAAUGGGGCAUCAGUAGCAGUUCCACCGCCCACCUCAUGCUUAAACGAGCCCAAAGGCUGAAGGCCAGGAAGCAGAAGAGAACAUUCCUGGCUGGUCGUGUGGCAGUGAGUGGUGUUCCAGUCGCAAACGCCCCAGAGGUGAGGGGCCAGUCGCAGCGCAGAAGCCCCCGAAGUCGCUACACAGCUCAGGGGAGCCAGACAAGCUCUGCCUCCUCUCAAAGCGAUUGCUUCCUGCCAGAGCUUGACGCCGAGGUUCUGAAUGGUGGCAGGGUCCAGCUCGUGGCUGGUUCAGGGUACAGAGAAAGUCCAGAUUCACUGGGGAGGUUGAAGGACGGUGCGCCUGGCUCCCCUCCACGCUGUUCCUGGCACCUCCUCGCUCACACACACUACCAGGCAGCGAAAGGAGCUGGGGUUCCGGCACGACUCGGCGUGAUGCCGCCUCGAGAGGAGCGGAUCUCGUUCCGAGACAAUCCCGUCCGGCUGAGCGGCGGCUGGGGAGGGGGAAAGAAGAGACACAAAUAACUCCACCGCUCCACCUUCACAACCAUGCACAAACAGCUCCACCGCUCCACCUUCACAACCAUGCACAAACAGCUCCACCGCUCCACCUUCACAACCAUGCACAAACAACUCCACCGCUCCACCUUCACAACCAUGCACAAACAGCUCCACCGCUCCACCUUCACAACCAUGCACAAACAACUCCACCGCUCCACCUUCACAACCAUGCACAAACAGCUCCACCGCUCCACCUUCACAACCAUGCACAAACAGCUCCACCGCUCCACCUUCACAACCAUGCACAAAUAACUCCACCGCUCCACGUUCACAACCAUGCACAAAUAACUCCACCGCUCCACGUUCACAACCAUGCACAAACAACUCCACCGCGCCACGUUCACAAGCAUGCACAAACAACUCCACCGCUCCACGUUCACAACCCCAGCUCCUCGUGUGUUUAUUCACACGUGCAUUUCCCAAGGACGAUGUGUUCAGGUUUUUUGUCUUUAAUCCUUAGUGUGCACGGUUGAUCUCUACUAAAAGCGCCGAAAUUCAGCCGCCUCCUCCUGCAAAUGAGCUCAAGUAGUGGAUGAUGGAAAGUCUAAAUAGCUGUGGGCUGUUAUUCUCGAAUAUCAGUGCGUGUGGAAACUCUUCAGAUGACAUGAUAUGUGCAACCAGCUUUUUCAUGCUGUCCUGCUGGACCUUCUGUCCAUGUUUGUGCUUUGUUUACCUUUUCUGUUCCUGUCUCUGCUUAAAUGAAGAAACCGACAGAAGCCUAAAGUUCCUUGAGUAUGUUUCUACGGUAAAUGUUUGCGGUUUAGGAGCUUUAAUAAGCUUUUGCACACGCUUCUGGGUUUCUCUUUGUGGCAUAGACAUGCCAUGAUGUCACUUCUGAAAGCACACGGGGAAACCCACGGACAUGUUGCUAGCCCGCGAUAAAAAUCUGUUGGGAAAUCAUCAGAUCGGUCUUGUAUGUGGUGCUCUGUUAGUGUCAGAUCGAAGCAGUCAUGUCUGUAUUUUGAGUCCGACUUCGGGGACAUAAACACGGGGAUGUAAGCGCGCACUGUCUGGGCUGAGACCUGACAAGAUAAUUAGUGUGAAAACAAACAGCCGAUAGCAGGAACCCGU